CGCACUCGCUCAGUCUCCUCCAGCACAGCGUCGCAAACCCCGCCGGAAAGCGUGACGGCGCAGGCGCAGGCGCGGAGACCCGAGACGGUGGUGGUGGCUGCCGCUGGCCAGUGUAAGAUGGCGGCGGCGUUGGUGGCGGCAGUGGACGGGGCGGCUGGGCCUGGAACAGUCGGAGCAUCCGCUGGCAGAAGGAUGACCCUAGAUGGGAAGCGGGCUGCCGGGCCUCGCCAGCUCCCGUGCUUGUAACUGCCCCAGCCGGACGCCCUCCCCUUGACCUACCGGUUCUUCAGCGAACUUCCAGACCAGUUUUCUCAGGAUCUUGGGCCAGACUUCGGUCGGCGAUAAAAUCAGGAAGGCUGGCUACCAUAUUCAAGAUGUCCAGUAAAAGGCCCAACACAAGUGGGCGAACAGACUUAGCUAAUGGAAGUCUGUCUAGCAGUCCAGAAGAGAUGUCUGGAGCUGAAGAGGGGAGGGAAACAUCCUCAGGGAUUGAAGUAGAGGCAUCAGACCUGAGUUUGAGCUUGACUGGGGAUGAUGGUGGCCCCAACCGCACCAGCACAGAAAGUCGAGGCACAGACACAGAGAGCUCAGGUGAAGAAAAGGACUCUGACAGCAUGGAGGACACAGGCCAUUAUUCCAUUAAUGAUGAAAACCGAGUUCAUGACCACUCAGACGAAGAGGAGGAAGAACAACCUCGGCACCGUGUACAGCGCAAACGGGCCAGCCGUGACCAGGACUCAUCAGAUGAUGAGCGCGCCCUGGAAGACUGGGUAUCUUCAGAGACAACAGCUUUACCCCGACCUCGCUGGCAAGCCCUUCCUGCCCUUCGGGAGCGGGAACUGGGUUCAAGUGCCCGCUUUGUGUAUGAGGCUUGUGGAGCAAGAGUCUUUGUACAGCGUUUCCGUCUACAGCAUGGGCUUGAAGGCCAUACUGGUUGUGUCAAUACCUUGCACUUUAAUCAGCGUGGUACCUGGCUGGCCAGUGGCAGUGAUGACCUGAAGGUGGUAGUGUGGGAUUGGGUACGGCGGCAGCCAGUACUGGACUUUGAGAGUGGCCACAAAAGUAAUGUCUUCCAGGCCAAGUUCCUUCCUAACAGUGGUGACUCCACCCUGGCUAUGUGUGCCCGGGAUGGGCAAGUCCGAGUCGCAGAACUAUCUGCUACGCAAUGCUGCAAGAACACCAAGCGUGUGGCCCAGCACAAGGGGGCGUCCCACAAGUUGGCCCUAGAACCAGACUCUCCCUGUACGUUCCUGUCGGCUGGUGAGGAUGCCGUCGUCUUUACCAUUGACCUGAGACAAGACCGGCCAGCUUCGAAACUAGUGGUGACAAAAGAAAAGGAGAAGAAGGUGGGGCUGUAUACAAUCUAUGUGAACCCUGCUGAUACCCACCAGUUUGCAGUGGGUGGAAGAGAUCAGUAUGUCAGGAUUUAUGACCAGAGAAAAAUUGAUGAGAAUGAGAACAAUGGUGUCUUGAAAAAAUUCUGUCCUCACCACUUGGUGAACAGUGAGUCCAAAGCAAACAUCACCUGUCUUGUGUACAGCCACGACGGCACAGAGCUCCUGGCCAGUUACAAUGAUGAAGACAUUUACCUUUUCAACGCCUCUCACAGUGACGGGGCCCAGUAUAUUAAGAGAUACAAAGGGCAUAGAAAUAAUGCUACAGUAAAAGGCGUCAAUUUCUAUGGCCCCAAGAGUGAGUUUGUGGUGAGCGGUAGUGACUGCGGGCACAUCUUCCUCUGGGAGAAGUCUUCUUGCCAGAUCAUUCAGUUCAUGGAAGGGGACAAGGGAGGUGUGGUAAACUGUCUUGAGCCCCAUCCUCACCUGCCUGUUUUGGCAACCAGUGGCCUAGACCAUGAUGUGAAGAUCUGGGCACCGACAGCUGAAGCUUCCACUGAGCUGACGGGGUUAAAGGAUGUGAUCAAAAAGAACAAGCGAGAGCGGGAUGAGGACAGCUUGCAUCACACCGACCUGUUUGAUAGUCACAUGCUGUGGUUCCUCAUGCAUCACCUGAGACAGAGACGUCAUCAUCGGCGCUGGCGAGAACCUGGGGUUGGGGCCACAGAUGCGGACUCUGAUGAGUCUCCCAGCUCCUCAGACACAUCCGACGAGGAGGAGGGCCCUGACCGGGUGCAGUGCAUGCCAUCCUGAGGCCCCAAACUUAGGAGGGAUGGGCUGGGGCUGCCAACCCAAUCCUGCCUGGGCAACUCUUUUUCAGUCCCAGGCCCUUACAUUCAACAGAAAUGCACUUUGGACUGUUUGUUUAAAUAAAAGAAAGCUAUCUGAGGUGGACAGAGCACAGGAGAUGAACCAGCAGAGAGCCCUAGAAGUGAGAGACGAGACCGAGCCCUGAAUGAGCUUCCAUGGAGGGUGCGAAGGACUCAGAGAAACAGGCCUCUCCCUGAAGCCUUUUGUCAACUGGCCUGGAUAGGAAGUGGGCUUCUUUUUCUUUAACCUCCCUUGUUUCUUUUGUGGGGGUGGGGUGGGGGGGAGGUAAAGUACCAACAAGCCAGAGAGGAGGCUGGGAAUGCCACUCUCUUUGGUUUAGGGUUUCACCUUUUUUUUUUUCCCUUUGUUUUUUUUUUUUUUAAGAAGUCUGACAGUUGCAUUGUUUUUUGCCCCUGAGCAACCAGUCCCAUCCCAGGACCCCGUUUUUCUGGGAAAUCCUUAAGAGACCCCAGCCAUCCCAGCACUCUUCUCUCCCUUCCACAACACUUACCACUUCUUUGACCUUACCACAGUGCUCUGCACUGCAGUCUGUCUCCUUCACUCUCUCUCCAUCCAGCACCCUCUAAAUGGGGGUCUAGGAUGAGGACUGCGGAGAUGUGGGAGGGAUAAGAGGCGGAAGAACAAGAAGUUACCUCUUGCUUUUGUUUUUAACUGUUCAGUGGCGGCAAGUUCCCCGUCCCUAUCACUGUUAGAGGCCUACUUUUAUAUCUAUAAAUAUAUUAAAAAGCAAGUUAAACUUGGAUGUAUCAAGUUAAGAUUAUUGUCAGAAGUUUAAAUACCUAUAUAUUCUCUAUGACUACAAUGCAAUAAAGGGGCUUGAAGGAAGGGUGAGCGAGUGAUGCUGCAGAGGUCAUGUGGUCAGCUGAUCAGUCAUGGAUGCUGUCAGAGCCUAGGGCCCAUCUGGAGCCUUCCCAAGGCUCAACGAGGGAAGGGUACUCAGCUGUGCCCUUCUCUGCCUCAGUGCUGAGCUUUAGAAAAACAAAUUCCUCUCAACUUUGCCUCAGGUCUCCUAAUUUCCUUAAGUCUUGUGAGGGCUCCCAAGAUUGCUCCUCUCAUUAGAGGCUGGCCUGUCUUUAAACCAUGACUGAAGGGUCAUCACUGCUACAGACUGUCUCCUGGUUCUUUGUAUAACAGAAAGCACACUCGCCCCCUUCUUUUAGCUGCUUGAUUCUUUAAGCAUUCGACUCCACACCAGCACCCUUCCUCAUGGAAGGAUAAGGGACAGCUUCCUGGUAAUCGAGGGACAAGCCAGUAAUUGGAGGGUUUAUUCUGGUGCCUGGGCCUUAGACCCAUCUUCAGCACUGGCCGCUGAGUAUGAAAGUCCCUGAGGAAUUCUGACCCUAAGUGCUUGAGCUGCUCUUCCUGUGCCCCUGGUGUUCACGAGAUCCAGUCAGGAAUCCUGCAUCGUGGGAUGGCUGGAUUUGACCACACGGCCAGAAGGAAGUGGGAGAGAGUGAAGGGUGGCGUCCUUCACACUCUUUCCUCCUGACCCCGCCCAGCAGUGCAGACCAGAUGCCAGCUCUUGGGCUUCUUUCGUGAGCAGGGAGUGUGUGGUAACUGAUUAAUCUUAUGUCCUCACUGCUAGAGAGAUGAUGAGGUGGGCUUAAAACCAUGCACUCUGGAAUUUGUUGUAUUUUUUCUCAGUAAAGCUUUUCCCCUGACUGCU